AUGGCUGAGAGUUGGUUCUUGCUUCUUUGGGGGCUCUUCAUCCUGUUGGAAACUGCUAAUGUCCAGAAGCAGGAAGAUCCCUGUUUUCAGUGUCCUUUCUAUUCCACCUGUUUUAAUCGCACCCACUGUAAGUGCCAUAAAGGAUAUAGAUCCCAGUCUGGGGUCACUUUCCCUGCUGAUCUUAAAGAGAAAUGUGAAGAUAUUAAUGAGUGUGAUGAUAACCCUGAAAUAUGUAGACAUGAUAAAUACUGUAUCAAUUAUGAAGGAGGUUACAAGUGUCGAUGUUUCAGCAAAAAUUACAUAGCGAGUUUAUUCUGGAAGAUUUUCUUAUCCUGUACAGAAGACUUACCAUCUUCUGGAGACGGUAAGCAGAAGGUGCCACAACUUUUUGAAAACAUUACAAAUAUCCUUACUGAUUCACAAUUAAAUGGAAACAAAAGUGCUAUUGCCUUCUCAGUCACCAACCUGCUUCAAAAAAUGGAAAAAUUGGUAUUAGAAGAUGCAUUUAAACCUGAAAAUGAAAUACAAGCAGAAGAUGAAUAUGUAGUUGUUGACACACGAGUUGUUCCAAACAAUAGCUGCUCUGAAAGGAAAGAGCUCUUCACUCUGAAAGCUGGAGAAGAUAUAAUGGACAUCCACUGCAAUGAUGUAAUCAGAGGAAGCACCACAGGUAAAAGUGUGGUGGCUUUUCUCUCUUAUACUUUCCUGGGGAACAUUAUCAAUGGAUCGUUCUUUGGGGAGAGAAAGUCACAGAAGGACGUCAAUAUUUCUUUGAACUCCAGGGUAGUGAGUGGUACCACUGGACUCAGACAAAACAGCAACCUUGCUAGUUCUGUCAUCCUGACUUUUCAGCAUCUUCAGGAAAAUUCCAGCCAAGAUCAGCAGUUCCUCUGUGUCUACUGGGACAGCAGCAAAGAGGGAGGCAGUUGGUCCAGGAAAGGCUGUUCCCUGUUGAAAACCAAUGACACUCACACCAGCUGCAGCUGCAGCCACCUGUCUUCCUUUGCUCUCCUGAUGGCUCUUACAGGCCAGGAGGAGGAUGGUGUGUUGACAGUGAUAACUUAUGUGGGACUGAGCCUCUCUCUGCUGUGUCUCUUUCUGGCUGUCCUCACUUUCCUCCUAUGCCGCACCAUCCAGAACACCAGCAUGACCCUCCACCUACAGCUCUCUCUGUGCCUCUUUCUGGCAGACCUACUCUUCCUCAUUGGCAUAGAACAAACGUCGGAUAAGGUGCUGUGUUCCACUAUUGCUGGUGGGUUGCAUUACCUGUACUUGGCCACCUUCACCUGGAUGUUCCUGGAAGGGUUACAUCUUUUCCUCACUGUCAGGAACCUCAAGGUUGCCAAUUAUACCAGUGCAAGCCGAUUCAGGAAGGGAUUCAUGUACCCUUUUGGCUAUGGGAUCCCAGCUGUGAUUGUAGCUGUGUCGGCAGGGAUCGACCCCCAUGGCUAUGGGACAGAUAAUCACUGCUGGCUCAACUUACAUAAAGGAUUUAUCUGGAGUUUUGUUGGACCAGUAAUUGCCAUUAUUUUGCUCAACUUGGCCUUUUAUUCAAUGACCCUGUGGAUUUUGAGGGACAAACUCUCCUCUCUCAACAAAGAAGUGUCUACCAUUCAAAACACAAGGACACUGACCUUUAAAGCCUUUGCUCAGUUCUUCAUCCUGGGCUGCUCCUGGAGUCUUAGCUUUUUCCUGACUGAAUCUAUAACUGAGCCAGCCCAAUCAGUCCUUGCCUAUGCCUUCACCAUCAUCAAUUCCCUGCAGGGAAUAUACAUCUUCCUGGUCCACUGUGUCCUCAAUCGCCAGGUCCAAGAAGAAUACAGGAAGUGCUUUAAAGGGAUCCAGAAAAGAACAGAAACAGAUACCAGUGAAAUGCUGUCUGCUCCAACUAUUCACAGCAAGGUGCUUGAAGAGCUGGAAAAAUCUAUGGAGGUCUCUAAGAGGAAAGAAAGUGCCUAA